GAUAACCCUCCAUUUUAUUGAGAUUUGUAAAUACAUACAAUAUAUAUUAUUUUUCUUUACUGUCUGUAUACAGCCAAAAUAAAUCAAAGACAACUUGAUGAAAUACAAAUCUCAUUUGCAUGUAUUGCGACGAAAAUUGAGAUUUAAUACAGAUACAACAUUGAAUAAUGCUUAUAUUUGUAUAUUAUAACAUCUAAGUACAUUAUAAUUCUGGAACUUAAAAUUGUCACGAUUAAACUUAUUAUUGUGUGUGCUUAUUGUUUGUAUUUUGUGUUUUUAAAAAUCAUUUUUAGAAGGAAACAAUCACACCAAAUACACUUUGAAAGAUGCAAUCAAGGUGCUGUUAUAGGUCAAAACUGCAUAUCUUAAGAAAAAAAUCCGAUGAUAUCCGCGACAGAGUCAUGGCUCAAGUCCCUUUCAUGUGCAACCUACUAAUCAACAGAAUCACUUCAAUAGCCCUUAUUUGUCCGGCUUACUGUCGCAUGCCUAUUUAUCUUUUUUCAUCAAGGAGAGAAAGAUAUCAAUAUCAAGGAAUGUACCGAAGCAUAUAUCUAAUCAAAAUAGACGGAUUCCUAGGGAUGUUCGUUUUUGUAUCGUUUUCAUCCAAAUCCAUCUAUCUUGUCAUUAUCUUCAACGAGGAUUUCUUACACAAACGUUUAGUUAAGAACGUAAAUCCAUUGGACAUAAUAGUGUAGGUGGUAGCAAUCUUGACCCCUUUGAGCAGUUGAAUUUCACAAAUAAUGUGGAAGGUAUGUGUUGAACAAUUGCUUUGUUAGUAAACUAUUGAUGCUUGGAUGUUGGUGGUCAUGUCUGAAAGUUGGUUUUGAACGCCGGAAAUAUUUUGUCGGUCAUUCUUUUGGAUGCUGCAAAGGGGCGAUAUCGUGCCCAACAACAAGACCUGGUUCUAUUAAUGCAGUACAAUGGCUAAUCGCCUCGAUGUUCACAAACAGAGCUUGCAUGUGACCAUGGAAUACGACUGACUUCGCCUUACGGUUUGGUGCUAUGAAAAUAUAAGUAUUUUCAAGCUAUAAGCAAAUUCUACAUUACCACAAAAUCUUACAGUGACCAUAAACAGAAUUACCAGACGCCGAAACGAAAUCUUAUACAGCGUCAAAUGCAUCGUAAAAUAUAUUUCUAGUGAGUAUAUCUAAUUAGUAUUAAUCGCAAUUAAAUAUUUAUUGAACAUUGUAUUACGCUAAUAAUUGCAAUUAUUGCCAGGGAACGUUUACUCUUCCAUAGAGUGAUUGUAAUCAUUGCACCAGAAUGGCGCUUUGUCAACUAAAGAUUAUCAUAAGAUUAAUCAUAGGAGUAUUUGCAGUGAAAACGGACCCCAUAAUCCCAUCACCCAGAGAGAGUUAAUAAGAUUACCCGGAUAGACCGUGGCGCCGUGGACAAUAUCGGAAGCUUAGAGAAGUGAGAAAAGCCUCCCUAUCCAGCCACAUAUAUAAGCCAUGAAACUAUGAAAAUCAUACCUCAUUUUUGCAAUUGAUUCCAUCGAGACUAGAUCGCAUGAAUUGUCAGAAAAAUUGAAAUCUAUUUUUGGAAAAAAAUAUCCGAAAGUAACGGAUUUUUUAAAGCAUUAAAAGUGCAUUAGAUAACGAUUGAAGUGUAGUUAGAAGCAUUUAGACACCUUUAAAGUAUACAAAUCUCAUCCGUAGCGAAAGCUAGUAAGAGAGAGUUAGGAAUCUAAAUUGUCUAUUGAUAACGGCAUGAAAUUUGGAGAAAGUCUAAAUCCCAGUAAAUCUUCGGAUUUAGAUUCGGACAUUUUUGAUACCAGCAUUUGAAGUGGGACUUCAAACGAAAUUUUACGACGGUGUGUGCCAAAUGAUAUACUGACAUCAAUGACAUAGCAUGAAGAAAAUAUCCAUUAUGGCAUGGAAAAUUAACAUUUUUUCUGUAUUCUUAUACAGUGCAAUAUUGUUUACAAUCGUGAAAAUAACAAGUGCAAUAGAAAUCGGCCGUGAACUUAGUCCGGGUGUGUCGAAAUCGAUGCUUCUGCAGUCGCUACACGGGAUUCAUGCCACAAAAGAAAGGACGAUUGAAAAGGAAGAGUUGCGGAAGCACAUACGUCAACAGUAUCAAAUUCAGACUGACGUCAACAAGCCGUCGGUGGGUUUCAUGAUCGACGUCUUUGAGCAGCUAGUUCAAGGCGGUGAGAUGACCUCCGUGCUCGGACACACGGACGGACGAACACUUCAUCGGUUGCACCAGUCAGACACUAUUCGCAGCGUCACUGCUACCCAAAAUCAAGAUGGUAGCUUAGAGUUCAGUGUUCCAGCCCUGCCGAGUCAUGAGCACGUGAAAAUGGUCGAAGUACGUUUCUUUGGCAACGUCAUUACAAACAAGCAUCGACGCUUGACGUUGCGCCUGAAAAAGGAUGGGCACGUUGUGGGAAAGCAGAAAAUUACGAUGAAAGCCGGUAAGCGGAGCUUGUCGCUUGCUGAACACAUUGUGUCCAAAUUUGACGGAUUAAAAGGAAAUUUUACGUUUACAUUGAAGGAAAGAAUCGUCCCCGAUGUUGAUCGUUUUCAAACAACGUCACUACCUAUUAUUAUAAUUUAUUCUCAUGACAGAGGCUUUAUGAAGUCUGCUCUGAAGUCAUUGACAAAAUCUGAAAGUGCUCAGAGCACGCAAACUAUACUAAGUCGUCGAAAAAGGGCAAGUGGUGAUGAAAAUAAUUCGAAAUCUGGGCGAUUGAAGAAAAGGAAUCCAUGGCGAAUAGGGAAGAAAAACCCAGAACCGUGCGGCGUUAAAGACUUUAAAGUUGACUUCAAUUUAAUCGGCUGGGGCCCUUGGAUAAUUCACCCAAAAACAUUCAAUGCGCGCGCAUGCUUCGGCCAGUGUCCUGAACCAAUCAGCUCUAAAUAUUCGCCGACCAAUCACGCGAUGCUGCAGGCGCUCAUGCGAAUGAAGCGCCCCCUAUCGGCGCCCGAGAACUGUUGCGUUGCAACUAAACUCCGCCCCCUGAGCAUGCUGUAUUUCGAAUAUGACGACAUUGUGGUACGUCAUCACGAGGACAUGAUCGUGGAUGAGUGUGGUUGUAGAUAGUGAUGUACAAUACAAUAGUGUUUUCUUUUUAACCCGUUUAUGCCCGGUGGACUCUACCAUCCUUCUAAAUUGGAUCAAUUUAUUUCAAACAUAAGGGAUGUCUAGUAUAUUUAUUUCUAUAUUUAGAAUAUUACUUGCAGAAAUUCCUUCAAGCAAACAGCGCAGACCCUGAUGAGACGCCGCAUCAUGCCAAGGCUUUUUUUCUAGACGCUAGGCAUAAAUGGGUUAAGCAAACUAGUCAAUUUUACAUUAAAACUAAUAUGUUGUUUUCUCGUUACAGUGCUAGGUGUUAUUUUGU